CGCCGUCCACGUCAAUCGAGGUAUGUAACUAUGACCCUUCAUGUCGCAAUCUGCAGUCCAAUACUCUUCAGCUAGCUUGGGAAGAAGCAAUCAUCAUGCCGUGGGACUGAUGGGCAGGACAUGAUGAUACGCUUCUUCCCUGUGCUCCAUGAGCACGGGCUGAAGAACCCUCUUCUCUUCCCGUCUAGCGAAGGGGGCACUCUUUGCGCUCGAUAAAUAAAGCUGGCUGGAGGCUAACAUAUAUGUGCUUUCUUUCCCCUUUGAAAUCCCUUUUCCUAUCUUUUGCCUGAGAUAUGGGGAAGAUAGGAACGGGAUUUCAAACAAAUGGGGAGAGUCUUGCCCGUUUAUAUAAAUUUAGAUACCUCAUCUCCCAACGAGGAAAAUUUUUUCGACCCGUUCGAUUUGAGAAUCUCCACCGGCGAAAGCUACCCUUUUCUUUAAACCGCCACAAUGGUCAAGACUAGCGUCCUCAAUGAUGCGCUCAAUGCCAUCAACAACGCCGAGAAGGCUGGAAAGCGUCAGGUUAUGAUCAGACCUAGCUCCAAGGUCAUUGUCAAGUUCUUGUCUGUGAUGCAGAAGCAUGGUUACAUUGGCGAGUUCGAGGAAGUCGAUGACCACCGCUCUGGCAAGAUCGUCAUCCAGCUCAAUGGCCGUCUGAAUAAGACUGGUGUCAUCAGUCCCCGCUACAACAUCCAGCUCCGCGAGCUCGAGAAGUGGGUCGUCAAGCUUCUUCCUUCCCGUCAGUUCGGUUACAUCGUCUUGACCACCUCCGCUGGUAUCAUGGACCACGAGGAGGCCAGACGUAAGCACGUUGCUGGCAAGAUCAUUGGUUUCUUCUACUAG